UUUGUUUGUUAGGGAAAGAGAAACUUUAUAUUUCAAUUUGUCAAGUGAUCAGGAAAUCCUCAAGGGCGUACCUAAAGCAUUUAUACUGAACGGUUGCUGGGUCCGUCGUAAAUACGAGAGUGAUCCAUUCAUUAUAGAAUCAAAAAGACAGCCGAAAUUUCAAUGCCCUGUAUAAGCGUAUCUUGGUUACGUUCAACCUGGAACAAACUUGUACAGUGAAGAACGUUUUCAUAAUGAGAAGAAUUAGAGACGACUAGAUAAUCAGCGCGAAGCAUUACAUUUAUUCUGCUCAGUCCAAACCAUUUCGAGACAGCGCUUAAACAGUCGUUAAGUGACCUUCCUAUUGAGAAGAAGACGAAAGAUAUCUACUCCAAUAAACAAGAGAACUCCCUUGAGAAAAGUUACUUCAGUAAUGCAUUCCCGGGAUAAUUACUUUCAAGAAAUACUAUCAGUCUUAGGAUGAGCGAUAUGAUUCCUCAAGGACCACUACCAGGAACAGCGCUAUACAACCGCAUCCCCAAAUGCGCUCGUUGCCGCAAUCAUGGCGCUCUGUCAUGGCUAAAGGGCCACAAACACUACUGCCGAUGGCGGGAUUGUACCUGCUCUAAAUGUCUACUGAUCGCUGAGAGACAAAGAAUAACCGCCGCACGAGUGGCUCUGCUUCGACAACAGCGCAAAAACGCGGAGACAAGGAAAGGUCGAGUUCUGGAUCAUUCGUCGGAUGGCGUCGAAGACGAGAGGUCGUCGUACUCAGAGGAGUCCUUUAUGAGGCCAUCCAUGGUGUUGAAUCAAAUGGUAUCUGUUAUACACACUCCUGUAGACAGCGACGAAGAUGGAGAUCUAUCCUACCAGAGCUCUCCGGUUGCCUCAGAGAAAGACACAGAUGAAAGUGGCAAAGAAACAUCCAAGUACGAAACGAUAUCUCUCCCAGAAGGAGUUCGAAUCAAAACAGAACCCAACCAUGACAUCGAUGAAGAUUCACUAGACAAACCAGAAAACAGCAUCCCAACACCAGAAACACCAAGAUCUCCGAAAAGAAAGUUAAGCGGUGAAGGUCACCCUGACGAAGCAGACGAAGAACCACAUUCAAAGGCGGCACGUCAGACAGAAAGUCCUACCAACCACGGACCAAUCGAUCGAAAGUUACAUCCCAACCCAAUUGGGUUAUUAACAAGAGCAUUUCCUGGCCAUUGUAAGAGCGUGCUGGAAAUGGUCCUACAGGGUUGUAAUGGGAAUGUAGUCCAAGCUAUUGAAUGUCUUUUGUCAAACCAAGAAAAGAAUAGUAAGCCUAUAAUGCCGAUGCCAAUGCCUCUACUAACAGGCUACCCGGGCUCCAGGUAUCCAGGGAUACAUACACCUUUUAUUCAUCGUAAACCAGAAUCCUUCUCUCACACGUUCCAACAAGCUCUACCAGUUAACUGCCGAUAUCCUCCACCUCCGCCGCUUUUUAAACCCAAACCGCCAGUCAGUGAAUACAGCUUUAGUAUGGGGAAUAUUUUGUCCCGAAAACCCGAUCUGGCACCGACGACAGAACCUCUCAAAUCACUGACUGAAGAACGCUCAAAGUGUCGUUAUUGUACGAACUGCGGCAAAAAGGCUAGCAGUGUUGAUAACUUUUGCGCUUGUUGUGGUCAAAAACUGUUAUAGCUCCUACUAGUACCAAUAUUCUUUCAGUUGCCUUGGGACAUUCCAUUGAACAAACCGCAUAGGUUCAAUUUGUUAUUUUAUUUAUAUUGUAUAGGGGAAAUCAUUUGAAAUUAUCGAUAUUAAACUUAGAACAUACAGAGAUUUUAAAAACCUUCAACAGCCGAGAUCAUAAUUUGCACACACUAAGUCAUCUUUCAUUUCUAAAAGUAAUAUUUUUUAAACACACUAAUCUUGAAAUCCAUUACAUUCCAUUCCACAACCCCACCCCUCUUUAAAUCAACAUACAAUUUACCAGAGUUUGACUGAUUAUCAGAAUACGGUUUUAGAAACGAACGCUGCAUUAGCCAAAAUUCUUGUAACAUAAUCGCUUAAAACAACCAAUAAAAUGCCAUUAUUAUUAUUGAGAAA